GAGCGCCGGGUUACGCGCCGACGUCUGGCUGCCACGACUCGCCGUGGCGGCGGCGGCGGCGGCGAGCGGAUCCCGCUAGGGAAGGAGGAGAGAGAGGGAGAGAGAGAGAGAGAGCUGACGGGGGCUGUGAGUGAGCGGGAGGAGCGGGGUGCCAGCCCGGGCGGCCCGCGGGAGCGAAAGCCAGAGCGAACGAGGCCCCGAGCCCGCCGCGCGGCCGCCGCCUCCGCCUCCUCCCCUCCCCUCCCCUCGCGCGCGGCCCGCCCCCGCCCGCAGCCCGCCCUCCUCGCGGCUCAGCCCGCAGAGCCCGAGCGAGGCGCCGUUCGGCUCGCGCGCCGUCCAGAACAGGUGUGCGCGCGCCUCCUCCCUCCCUCCCUCCUCCUCGCGCCCGCCUCGCGCGCGCCGGCCUCCCUCCAGCCUGCGCCCUCCCUCACCUGCGGCAGGACAGCGCCCGCCAGCCCGCCCGCCCCGAUCUCGCGAGAGUGGCUGACUGGCUGUGGGGGUUGCGGCGGCAGCAGGCGGAGCCGGGGAGGGAAAGCAGCGGCGGCUGAGGCGACUGAGGCGGCGGGCGGAGCGGCAGGCGGCGGCGGAGCGCAGCAUCAUGGCGGACCGAGACAGCGGCAGCGAGCAGGGUGGUGCGGCGCUGGGCUCGGGCGGCUCCCUAGGGCACCCGGGCUCGGGCUCAGGCUCCGGCGGGGGCGGUGGUGGCGGCGGGGGCGGCGGCGGCAGUGGCGGCGGCGGCGGGGCCCCGGGGGGGCUGCAGCACGAGACGCAGGAGCUGGCCUCCAAGCGGGUGGACAUCCAGAACAAGCGUUUCUACCUGGACGUGAAGCAGAACGCUAAGGGCCGUUUCCUCAAGAUCGCAGAGGUGGGCGCUGGCGGCAACAAGAGCCGCCUCACCCUCUCCAUGUCUGUGGCCGUGGAGUUCCGCGACUACCUGGGCGACUUCAUCGAGCACUACGCGCAGCUGGGCCCCAGCCAGCCGCCCGACCUGGCCCAGGCACAGGACGAGCCACGCCGGGCGCUCAAGAGCGAGUUCCUGGUGCGCGAAAACCGCAAGUACUACAUGGAUCUCAAGGAGAACCAGCGCGGCCGCUUCCUGCGCAUCCGCCAGACAGUCAACCGGGGGCCCGGCCUGGGCUCCACGCAGGGCCAGACCAUUGCGCUGCCCGCACAGGGGCUCAUCGAGUUCCGUGACGCUCUGGCCAAGCUCAUCGACGACUAUGGAGUGGAGGAGGAGCCGGCCGAGCUGCCCGAGGGCACCUCCUUGACUGUGGACAACAAACGCUUCUUCUUCGACGUGGGUUCCAACAAGUACGGCGUGUUUAUGCGAGUCAGUGAGGUGAAGCCCACCUACCGCAACUCCAUCACCGUGCCCUACAAGGUGUGGGCCAAGUUCGGACACACCUUCUGCAAGUACUCCGAGGAGAUGAAGAAGAUUCAAGAGAAGCAGAGGGAGAAGCGGGCCGCCUGUGAGCAGCUCCACCAGCAGCAACAGCAGCAGCAAGAGGAGACCACCGCUGCCACCCUGCUACUGCAGGGUGAGGAAGAAGGGGAAGAAGAUUGAUCAAACUGAAUGAAACACACACACACACACACACACACACACACACACACGCAUACACAUACGUGUGUACACACACACACACAGCCACACACAGAGAAAAUAUACUGUAAAGAGAGAAAAUAAAAAGUUUAAAAAAAAAAAAAACCAAACUCCAAGGGAGCACCACCCACAGACCCUCCACCAACUGACAGUUUCUCUUCUUGACUUGCCACCCAUCGCUGGAUGUUGUCCACUUUAUCCACCAUAUAAAACAGUAAGCAGCUGCUAAAAACAAAAAACAAAAAAAAUAUACAAAAGUAAUAACAUUAUAUGAACUGUGUUUCCUACUUGAUUAAAAAAUAUAAAGAACUGAGUGUUUAUUUCCCUAAUUAACCAAGAACUUUUGUACACGUUUAAGCUAUUAUUAUUAAAAGUGUUUGCAAAAUGGUCAAGAUUAUAAUAUUGCUGAAUUAUAUAAAAAGUCCUUUUCAUGUUGAGCUAACAUUUGACUUUAGCACAAAAAAAGAGAUAUUUUAGAACACGUAAAAUAAUAUUUUUAGUUUUUCUCAUUUUGUUACCAAAUUUCAAACCUUACAUGGAGGUUAUUAUAGUAUAUUUGACAUCCUAUAUACCUGUGAUUAGAGAUGUGUAUAUAUAUGAGGGCUAGGCAUGCUGUGUGUCUGAGCUUUGUCUAAAUGUUAUGCAGAAGUUUGUAGAGUUCAAGGUACGUAGGUUUAAUUCAUGCAAGGUAAACAAUAAGUGCUCUCUUUUAUACAAUAUGCAUUGCAUCUGGACCUUAAACAUAUAAAAUGGUCAGUGAAACUUCUGUGAACAUGAAGAAAUUAUUAAAAAAGGCAUUUAAAUGAAAUUUGCUAAGUUGUGAUUUUUAUGGUUGGAACCAAAGUUAUUCAAAUAGUAAAAGUAAAAAAGAGAAAGAAAAAGGAAAUUUCCCAUAAUAUUUUUCUGCAUCUGUUUGCUUUGACUGAGUAGGUGUUUUGUUAUUAUUGUGUAUAUGAGAUGUACUUGUAUUGUUCAUAAUAUAUAUUUUUUAUUAUGUGUAGAAAGAUUUUAAAAACCUAACUAACGUGCAGCAAUUUCCAGUGAACCUGUACUUGGAUAUCAGGUAGUGAGUCUAUUUGUGGUCACUAGCACUGUCUCCUAACCUUGUGAGAGGUCUGAAGCUAUCCUUUGAUUUUUGCCAGUGCUAUUAACUUAUGUAGACCUGUUUAAAAGCAAAGCAACACCAUUAUAGUUAUCCUACUGAGCCAUGGAUUCUGAGUUUCAUUUCAAAAGUGAAAGCCAAGUUGGUGUAUGUAAAGGAUUUCCAUGUAGCUGUGGUGCUAGUUAUUACUGGCUACAUUAUAUGCUAAGUGUAUUUGUGUUCCCAAGUGUACAAGCCUUCUGUCAAAAGUAUGUUCUAUUAUCACUCAUAUUCAAAGUGUAGGGUAUGAAAACGCAAGCUUAGGAGAGCACUUUACCAAGCUGGUGUCCUCCACUGAAAUUGUUUGUAACGAUAGUCUUUUACAGGUUUUCAUUUAAAGAUGUUUAUGUGCUUUUAAUUGACAACUAACUUCUUGCUGCUGUAUAGUAAAAUAUUAAUAUAUUUUUUAUCAUUAAACUGCUGCAUGACUAUCAUCUUUGAGUGAAGAGAAAAUGUUAUAAAAAAAGAUGCCUUAAAUACAGUACAUUUUGGUUUGGAAUUCUGUAGAAAGUAUUUUGGUAAAAAAAGAAAAAAGAAAAAAAGAGGAUCUUGGAUCUUGUCUGACAGAGAGAGUUCUGGACAUGCAAUUGUUUCUUGGCAAAGCCAGCCAUCUAGAUCUACCUGCUGUAUGUAGAAGAAACCACCUGUAGGACUGGGAAGGUGUCAACACCUCUCCCAUUGGAGAGCAUCGGCCUAGGAAGGCAGAACAGUUGUCUAUUUUGAAGGAUUUUUUUUUUUCCUGCUGGCUCUUUAGGUUUUGAUUUGAUAUUUUUAAGCUUUCUGGUUGAGUGUGUUGUCUUUGUUUUUGAGAUCUACUGUAUGUGUUGAAUAGCAAGCUAUUUUCAUUGUACUGUGCAUUUUCCCAUUGUUUGCUUUUCAUAUUCAUACAAUGUUAAAUAUGAGGUGACCGUAAAAUAGUUAGGAGUUUCUUUACUUACAAAAAUCACUGGAAAUUAUUAAAUUGCUUUCCCCUCCCCCCAAGGUGCAUUUUUUAUUAUUUUCAUAUAGUAAAGUUGAGCUUUUACAGUGCAUAAUGUGACAUUUGGAAUGCUUAUCAAAUGCAUGUAAACAUUAAUAACCUGCACUUUUUGUCUUAAGGUUUGUUGAGCUGUUUUGUUCACUGUACUUUAACUGUGAUAUGGAAAAGAUUGCAUUCUCUGUGCUGUUUCUAAUUAGGAAAGAGAAUUGCUUUGAUUUUGUCUCUUGUUUACUAUAGCUUCUUAAAGUUAAGCCUUGUGCUACGAGUUGUUGGAGUACUCCUAGAUCAGUGUUUUGUAGUAGCCAGCAGUCAGUAGUGCAAGUCAAAAACACAGCAAACUUAGGCAAAGUGUCCUUUCUUUGAGAUGCAAGUUCUUUCAUAAGGUUUUCUUUAGGGUCAGAUACCUAAAGUAAAAACUUUCUUACCUGUAGACUUCAGAUUCUGCUUGGAAUCCUACCGGAUCAAGAAGCACAUGUAUUGUGCAGUUGUCUUUACACUAUUAACAGUUAAACACAAUCUUACUAGGACUUUGAAUCCAUUGUCUGAUUUAUGGUCAGUGGGUUUAAAAAGAAAUCCACGUGCAGAUCUUUUAAGACUUAAAAGGUGGUCAUAGAGAAGACUGAGUGACUGUAAAGAUGCUCUUUUUGUUUAAAGCAUCUCACUUUCUCUCCCAUUGACCUCCUAACCUCCCCUUGCCCUUCUCCUGUUUCAUCCUCCCCUACAUUUCACCUCCCAGGUGCUCGGUACUUUACCAAGGUUCUAUAUUUCAGUGUAUUAUGUUAGAGUCUCUUCUUGUUUUUAUUUUACUAGUGGGUAGCCCCAGUUUGUGCUGAAAAAAAGAGGGGGGUAUAUUUGACCAUAUGUGUUACUCAUUGAAGACAGUAUGAUCAAAUGUGCCAAAAACAAGCGAACAGAACUUAAUUCAUGACAAGUAUGCCUUAUUUUUAUUGAUCUGCUUUGUCUUACAAUUAAGGUCCAAGAGCUUGGUUAAACUAUGCUUUUUGCCUAAGUAAAAAAGAAAACUUGAAAUGCAUUGAAAUAUCGAUGUUUUUUAAAAUGAGAGACACUGUCAAGUAAUUUGAUUCAGAGAUCAGCCACCAGAUUUGGAGAGUGAGUGAGUGAGAGAGAGAGAGACAGAGAGACAGUGUGGUGUGUGUAUGUGUGUGUAUUGGUUGUAGUGGUAGUAGUGUUGAUGGUAUUUGUGGCUUUUCCCCCCUUUUAAAUUACCAAAUCUUAUGUUAAAGCUACCUUUUAUUUGUGCCUCCUAUUUAUCAUGCUGAUGUUAGAAGCAGCAGUCAUCCAGCCACAGAGGGAGCUAAAGUUAACUAACCAGAACUGUAGAAAUCAUACAUGCCUUUGACAACAAAGGAAGUUCAUAGGAAAGCCAUGUUGGCUUUUCCUCUACUAGACACAUGUUGGAGGUAGAUGAAUAUUUGCCAAAUGGGGGG